GCAGCACGGCACUCAAAUUCCAACAAAUCACUUCAUCGACACAGACGUGCAUCGACACAGGUCUGAGUCGUCACCUUUGCCAUGGAGACCCUUCUUCCGAAGACUGUGCAGGAUGCGUGGAAAUUCUUAAUGGACAAGCGUGAUCCCCGAACGAUAAACAUGUUGUUCGUCGGGGACAUCCGCUUCAUCGUUGUCGUCCUGGGAUUGUACCUCUACGUCGUGCUGUCGGCGGGCCCUCGUUUCAUGAGGGAUCGCCAACCAUACAGCCUGAAGCCGGCCAUUAUGGCCUACAACUUUACAAUGGUCCUCCUCAACGCGUUCUUCAUGGUGAAGUUCUUCGAGCAUUCCUACUGGAAAGGCGGGUACAGCUUCUUCUGUCAAGGUAUGACACACUCGACAGAUGAACACUCCUUGGCGAUCCUCGAUUACUCCUGGUGGUAUCUAUUUGUGAGGAUUGGCGAUUUUCUGGAUACGUUCUUCUUCCUUCUGCGUAAGAAGUUCUCUCACAUCUCUGCCCUGCAUGUCUCCCACCAUGGACUCGUUGUCUGGAGUGGAUGGCUGUGGAUGACAUUCGGUGGCGAUGGCCAAGUCCUUCUAGGACUCUGCGUCAACUCUUGCAUGCACGUUAUCAUGUACUCUUACUACUUCUUGGCUGCUCUCGGACCAGCUGUACAGAAGUACCUCUGGUGGAAGAAGUACCUCACAACGCUCCAGAUCACGCAGUUCGUAGUCUUGUUGUGCCACAUCCUGAUCCCAGUGUUCUACGACUGCGGUUACCCCCGUAUCCUGAUUGUUAUGGCGUUCGCUCAAGGCACUCUCGGCCUUGUGCUCUUCAUCAACUUCUACAUCCACGAAUACAUGAAGAGGAGAGUACUAAAGAACCCAGUCCGUAUGAUUGACAACAUGUGCACGAUGCAAGCCACCACCGGUAAGCAGCACACGGAACGACCGAAGAAGGCGUAACUGUCCCAUGGAUGAAAAUUGCUCUUGGAGGGUUGUU